AUGAGUCUUACCUCCUUCGAAGAAGGCAUUAACUAUGUCAACGAUGUGGAUGGUAGAAACUUCUUAAGAUUCCAAGCCUUGAUCAGCUCCUUAAUCAGCCUUAGAGCUAUUGGCAUUCCUCCGUGUCGCGGUCUUGGUUCUCGUGGUAGGCAGAGUACUUCUUGGGAUCCCAGAGGGAAAGAUGGACAUCUUAUAAGUGAAAUUUUGGUUCUAGAAAUUUCAGACUCUAAAUAUUGGACUUGGAAAAUUGACGAUCACUUGGAGAAUGCCUUGCAAUCUUUCAAACUUCCUCGCCCUGUUCUUUGCAUUGGCGGAGUAUUGCAGAUUGAGUUGUUGGGAAGGGUUCAAGCACAAGAGAUGGAUGGCUUAUAUUACAUAUGUGUAUGUCAUGUUCGCGUUCUCGGCUACCCUCUUACACCGCAUCUGGAUGCCGAAGUUGUCGCAGCCGGCAACGAGAUUAUUCUAAAAUAUCUCCCAGAAGCUGGGGUUUGCUCCUCAACCGAGGCCCAAGAUUCAUCCGGCUGGCAAAGUCUCAAGGAUAGAAUCAAGGAUCUGAGAGCUAGAGCCAGGGAUGGAUGGCACUAUCCCUUUCUCAGCACACUGCUCAGCGCAAUGGAAAGUGAUUUAGAUGACGAAGAGCCUCCUCUGGGUUACUGGUAGUAAAACAUGUGAGUUGCAGACUUCUCUUCAUUUUAAUAACGCGCGCUGUUUAUUUAUAAUUGAAUACUACCAAGUUGUGUUAUGCUGUUGUUGGGAAAAUUGUGUCGAUUUUGAAGAAUUGAUGGAGAUACAUGUUCUUAAUUUAAGGAUAAAGAUUUAUUUUUAGGAAAA